AUGCAGACUGUUGGUUCUACAAUGUUAGAGAGGCAGUGGGUCCACCCCCACCACUCCUCUCCCAACAAAAAGGAGUCAUGGAACCUACAGUGGAGAGAAUUGUCUUCGAUGGUCAUCAUCAUCAUAGAUCGUAUAAUUAUUAUUAUUGUUAUAUUUUAUCUGCAGAUGUCAACGUCAUCUGAAAACAGUCGAAUCAUGCCUGAAGAUAACGACAUGAAACGCAACACUAGACCGACAAAUACCAGCAGUAACGACAGUAGCAGACGACCGAACAACAAACAGCAGAAGAUCAGCAGCCCACAAAGAAAGGUCAUCCGCGACACGGUUAAUUCCGUCAGAAACAAAGUCAAGGCUUUCAAGAAAGAACAUCUAGGAGCUCGGUCAAAUUUUGACUUCUUUGCUUGCUCCAAAUGUUUAGAAGAAGAUAUUCUGCCAGCUUGGAGAAUGCCGGCAGAUGUUAUAUUCAACUCUGAUGAUUUUCUACAGCUUACUCUGCGCAAGGAGGUCAGCGAAGACAUCGUUGGAUCAGACGAGUACAUAGAUUUAAUCAGCAUCAGCAAGCGAGCUCAGGUCUUUGAUGAUCUAGUUUUUGAUUCCAGAACACGGCUGCAGCGAUGUCUUAAGCAAAAUGUCCAAACUUCCUGCAUUAGUCUUAAAGAAAUGGCUGGAGAGGAGCCAUCUAUAGCCGUUAGUGAAUACGAAGACAGGAUUGUCCAGCAUCGGAAACGUACGGAAUUUAAGAUCGAUGAACUAAAGGAGAAUUUCAAGUCUUACAAACAGUCUUCCAAGCCUUUCGUCAAUUUUAUCAAAGAUGGAAAGGAGCACACAAGUUUGAUCAAUCAUAUUUGUAAUAACAUUCUAGAGCUGUGCAAACUUAUAGAAAACUGGGUUGCCGAUGAUGAUCGUUACCCAGGAAAACUUUUGGAGGAGUUGGAGUCCAACAAGAAAGUCAGGGAAAACUUGAAGGAUUCUUUGAUACAGAUUGAAGAUAAACGAAUGAAUAACAUGCAGGAGGUACAGAAACUGAGGAAAUCAGAGUUCAAAGCUGAAAAUGAUUACAUGGAACACCGGAAGGAGAAAAACAAGACGAAAGCCAGAAAACUAGAACUUGAGAACAGGAGGGAGAUUUUGGCCGAGAAGGCACAAAUGAUGAGACAAGAACGGGACAAACUCAAGAGGGCUCUAGCUGAGAGGAGCAUCAAGUCUCCAAGAGAGUCUUCAAGUAACUUGGAGAAGCUAGAGAUGCUGGAAACUGACAUCGACAAACUGGACCUGGAGAAGAUGAAGAUGGAUGAGCAACUAAAGAAGGUUGAUGUGCUUCUUAGACGAGCCACCGAUAGGGCAUACGAGCAGAAGGUUGAGGCUGUUACUUGCAGACAUCUGAAGGAAGAAAUGGUGAAGGAGAACAAGAAACUAGAACUGGAAAUACAGUCGAUCAACGAAAGGAUCGCAAUCAUUGACGCCAACAACCAAGUUCUGAUAAGAAUCAGGGAGAUGAAACUGACGCCAGGCUUGCUGCCGAAGUACAUCAAAGACCAGCAGAAACAGAAAGAAUCUAUCUCUGGCGGAGUCCAGGAAUUAACGGAUGCUUGCAAACUUGCGGCACCGUACAUUGGUAAGGACUGGCAGCAAGUUUACUUCAACCUGCCCUUUGACCCUCCUCGAGACGUCCAAAAGCGACACCGUGACGCGGAAGUUCUGGACAAUAUCGCAGCUCGCAAUGACGUCACCUGGAAUGAUCAGGCUUUGAAAAGUUUGGACAAGUGGCGGGCGUUUCACAGACAUGGCAAUGUGAGAGAGCUCAUUCGCACUCUACGAUGUGUCAAGAAGAAACAGAUUGCUAAACAACUGGAACAAAAAUUUAUCACAGCUUAA